AUGGGCUCUCAAGCCUCCACCCAGUUCAAUAAGACAGCUAACACGCAUUGUCAAGAAAUAGUGGUGCGCAGACUUGCGGUGCGAGCUCCGAUCAAGGGCAAGAUUGAGGAGCAGUUAUACCUGCUCGAGUCGAUGGUGCCGGAAUGGCUCACUGUGGUGCUCGACAGCGGCAAAGAGUAA